AGACCAAAGAGAACCCUGUACAGUAAGAAAUAUGGCGUGGACCUCAUCAGAUACACCCAUGCGGCGAACACGGUGGUUUACAGCUCUAACAAAAUCGAUGAUACCAUUCGCUACCUGUCCUUGCACGACAACAAAUACAUCAGGUACUUCCCUGGACAUAGCAAAAGGGUGGUGGCCUUGUCCAUGUCACCUGUGGAUGACACUUUCAUUUCUGGGUCUCUUGAUAAGACCAUUCGACUCUGGGAUCUUCGCUCUCCUAACUGCCAGGGCCUCAUGCAUUUACAGGGCAAGCCAGUUUGUUCUUUUGAUCCAGAAGGGUUAAUUUUUGCUGCAGGUGUCAAUUCUGAAAUGGUCAAACUCUAUGAUCUCCGGUCCUUUGAUAAGGGGCCGUUUGCUACCUUCAAAAUGCAGUACGAUCGGACUUGUGAGUGGACAGGACUGAAGUUCAGCAACGAUGGCAAACUCAUCCUUCUCUCCACCAAUGGCAGUUUCAUCCGCCUUAUUGACGCGUUCAAGGGGGUGGUGAUGCACACAUUUGGGGGCUACGCCAACAGCAAGGCUGUCACAAUGGAGGCCUCCUUCACUCCAGACUCCCAGUUCAUUAUGAUUGGGUCAGAGGACGGGAAGAUCCACGUCUGGAACGGGGAGAGUGGUAUCAAAGUCGCUGUGCUGGAUGGAAAGCACACAGGGCCCAUCACCUGUUUGCAGUUCAACCCCAAGUUCAUGACCUUUGCCAGUGCAUGUUCCAACAUGGCCUUCUGGUUGCCCACCAUUGAUGACUGACCUGAUGCUGCUCAGCUGGCUGCACUGAGGGGUCCAGCAAGGCCCACCUCAAAGGGGACUGGGAUUAGAUUACUUUACUGGGCUGGAGAGCAUCCUCUCACCUGGCCUUCCCAUGAAUGUGCUGUGGGGGAAGCCCCUGUGCCACACUCCUUCAGAAAGACUCUGGGUGCGACAGACUCAUGGAGACUCCGGUUUCCCAGCUGUCCCGGCGCCGCGUCCUCCCGAGGAGAGAGCAGACUCAUGGAGUUAGCACGGCCCUCACGACGCCUUCAACGCUGAAUGUAUUUGCUGCUGAGGCGCCGGUGAAGUUGUUCAUCGUGCACACGUCUACCCCCCCCUCACACACACACACCCCCCCUUUCGAUGCAUGGGAAGCUGCAGUUUGGGUUUUGAGAUGCGAGGGCAGCUCAGCCCUCGGCCCUGCAUGUCCUGUUCCUGGGUCUCUGGUCGCCGUGACUGUUCCACAGCCAUCAUCUUUCUUGGGUGCCAAACAUUUGCAGAAAUAAGUUUUCACAUUUCUUGAAGAGACAGAGAAACGGUAUGUACAGUUACAGAAAGAUCUUGCUUCCCAAGCAGCUGUGCAGGUACUCGGGUAAAGGGGGUGGGGGUGGGGGGGUCUGAGCCUGCACGGAGUUGGGGGGUGAGUUCCCAGGGCUGGGUGGUGCAGCAGCAGCUCUGCACACAGUUAGUUCCCCCGUCACCCGAACAGACGCUGGGUCCUCGAGAGCCCGGCUGUGUGCAAAUGCAAGGUGAGUGUAGGUGUUAGACCCAGCACGCGUUCUGUGGCGGCCAGUCCUGUGGAGUGAGUCUGAGUUGUUUACACUGAUGCUUGCCUGCCCACCAGACUGUACAUAGCCUCCAGGUGGUGCCCACCCCUUUCCCAGCUCCCCAGCCAAGAGCUGGUUCUAGGCCUGUGUUAUAUGUUCUCUUUAACCUUUUUACAUAUGACCUUGGACUUCUGGUUGUAUUUUAGCACUGUGUGCUCCUUUAUCUAAAUCUCCAUAAGGGGUGCGAACACACGUGCAUAUAUACACACACACACACACACACACACACAAAGACACAUACAUAAACACACACUAUAUAUAUUGGAGGGGGCUUCAGAAAGUUUGUGGGGAAAGCCCAUUGUCUUUCAACCCCAUUUUACCAUGAACUUCGUGAAGCUCCCUUAUGCAUAUAUAUGUAUGUAUGUAUGUAUGUAUAUUUAGGGAUGUGAUGGAACCUGAUAUCCGUAUAAUGGCAGUUCCUCUGAGUCGAGGUGUCUGCAGCCAGGAGAGCCGGCUCCUUGCUGAUAGUGUUGGCCUCAAGUAUUCGUGCGUCUUCCCGUCACCACUUUCCUUCAGGAAACGCCGGGAAGCAAAGCUUCAGGUGUUUGCUGUUUCCAUGGCAGCUAAGUGAGAGGGUCGGGGGUGACUCCCUCGUUCCUGCAACAGCACUUUGGGCCCUCUGCAGUAUUAGCCCUCUGCCCAGUGGCCCUGUCUGCGCCUGUGUGUACGUGACUGUCACUCUCGAAUGCUGCCUAUGUCUGGCUGGCAGGCAGCAGUUGGGGCCAGGGGGCGGACCUGCUGCUUUCCUGUGCCUCCUUUGGGAAAGGGAAGGGAGCAGGUUGAGACAAGCAGAAGUUGGCUCUUGACCUUCCAGAGCUGGCCAGGUGGCAUGUUAUCUGUAAUUCCCAAACAUCUAAGCAGGUAAAGGGUGGUGGUGUGCCUGCGUGGAGGCACCUUCGAGGCAGUUAGUCCGUCUCUGCUUCUGUGUCUGCACAAAUGGGCCAAGUGACGGGGGGGCUAACUGUCCCCUUCUGUGCUCUGGAGUUGGGGGGGGGAGGCUGGCACCCUUGGGUGGUGCAACAGCAGAGUGCAGGGGCAGUGACUCGAGCCUUGCCUGGGUGCUGUCCAGGAGCCAGGACCACUCAGCUCUCCCCAGAACCGGGCCAGAACCCCUGCAAGAUGUGGCAGCAACACUACCGCCCGCUCAACCACCACCCAGAGCAGUAUUUGAGAAAGUCAUUCCCUGUUAACAAUCACAAUGUUUAUUAAGACAGACUUGGGAAUUUGUAGAAGAGUCAGUUUGCCACCCAAAUGCUACCGCGAUUGGACUUUGUGGUGUUAAAUGUUAUCUAGACAUCUUGGUGCAUAGUUUUUGGUGUGUUUACAUAGUUGUUACUCUGCUGUACAUACAAUUUUAUGUCCCUUUUGUACUUAACAAAUAAACAUUUUUUCCACGUUA